GUUAACACUGAGGAGAGAGACUCCACACGCAGACAGCAGCACGGCAGCGCCCGGGAUAACAUGAUUAGCGCUCUAUUAGGUCCGCUACUGAGCACAACUAGAUGCAGCACAGGGACCAUUGUGUGGGGAGAGAGAGGAGACACAGAGGGAAGACCUCAUCCGCUGCAUGGAUCUUCUUUGCUUCCUAUUAACCUGCUUUAAGAAGUUGCCCACUGACAGUUGUUUUAAUGCCCGUGCGUCUCCGUCACUGGAGAGGUUGUCUCACCGCUCUUUACCACAGAUGAACUGACAUAAAUGUUAAGAGUUUAUCCUUGAGGAACCUGUACAUGAUGAAAGAGAAAAGUCCGGGAGAGCCUCAGAGGAGUGAUUCACUUGCUUCCUUUCUCAGCCCUGCUGUGAGCUACUAGCUCUGUCCUUCCUGGUGAUGAUAUUUGUUAACCUCAGGUAAACUCAUAUAGGAAGUGGGCCAUUCCGCUCCAAUGGGGUUUGACAACGAAACCAACCAGACUCUUUCAGACGUGGCCCCUUACAGCCUCCAGAUCUCCCUGCCGCUCACUGUGCUGGUGGGGAUCAUGAUUCUGCUGAUAGUGUUCGGCAACGUGCUGGUUGUCAUAGCUGUGUUUACAAGCCGGGCCCUGAGGGCUCCGCAGAACUUAUUCCUGGUGUCUCUAGCAUCGGCGGACAUUUUGGUGGCUACCCUCGUGAUGCCUUUCUCCUUGGCCAAUGAGCUCAUGGGAUACUGGUACUUUGGGGAGGUAUGGUGUGAGAUAUAUCUGGCGCUUGAUGUUCUUUUCUGUACCGCCUCUAUUGCCCACCUCUGUGCCAUCAGCUUAGACCGCUACUGGUCCAUCACACAGGCCAUCGAGUACAACUUGAAGAGGACGCCACGACGCAUCAAGUGCAUCAUCUUCAUCGUGUGGGUCAUCGCAGCCGUUAUCUCCUUCCCACCUCUAAUCACCAUGGAGAAAGAAAACAGCGAGAAGGGCCGUGUGUGUAAGAUCAAUAAUGAGAAGUGGUACGUCAUCUCCUCCUGCAUUGGGUCCUUCUUCCUUCCCUGCGUCAUCAUGGUCCUGGUCUACGUGCGGAUCUACCAGAUCGCCAAAAAGAGGACACGGGCGCCCCCGGGAGACAGAAAGCGGAAGGAGAUGCCGAAGGCGGCCACCCUCGCUGCUGCAAACCAGAAAGAGAAUGGCGUGGACGCAGGUGAGGCUGAGGACCGCCUGUGCCAUGAGAAGCUAAAUGGCAAUCGGGACAUCGAACUGAGGGAGGGAGUGGGAGGAGAAGGAGGAGCAGAUGAGGACAAGGGGGAGGUGAACGGGUUAGAUCUUGAGGAGUCGUCCUCCUCUGACCACAAGGUGAACAAUCCCUGCUCGAUCAAAAAGAAAGCAUCCAAGGGGAAAACCAAACUGAGCCAAAUCAAACCGGGGGACAAUGACAUCCAAAAGCGGGUGCCGAGCACCAAGGGCAGCCGAUGGAAGGGUCGACAGAACCGAGAGAAACGCUUCACCUUCGUCCUGGCUGUGGUUAUUGGAGUGUUUGUCAUCUGCUGGUUCCCCUUUUUCUUUACAUACAUGCUGAUGACACUGUGCGAGUCGUGCCCGGUGCCCGACACCCUGUUCAAGUUCUUCUUCUGGUUUGGCUAUUGUAACAGUGCACUGAACCCCAUAAUUUACACUAUCUUCAACAACGACUUUAGGAGGUCAUUCAAAAAGAUAUUGUGCAGGAGGGACACUAGAAGAUAUGUUUGAUGGACCCUAUCUUUAUGUACAUAGGUUGUUUGUUUUUUUUACUUUAUUGUACAUAAAUUGUGAAGUACAUUGACCAUUGUGCAUGGGUCACUGGCUUGUGAACGCACUAGGUGUAACUGCUUGGAAAAACAUCCACCAGCCACAGCUUCCUCACCGACCACAAUCACACAGAGAGAACAGAACACCACCGUGAAACCAUGCUUCUAUCGUAAAUGUUAUAUUUAUUUUUUAUAAAAGAAACCAACAUAGUGAAGUCAUGAUAUGUGUUGUACUUUAUGACAGUAUGUUGUACAAAAUGACCUGUCUGAAUAUUUGUCUUUAUUUCCGUUGUUAUGGAUUCAGUGUUGUGCUAUUUUGUAUGAUGUGAUGACGACGAUGGCUAGGAUGAUGAUGAUGAUGAUGACAUGAUGAUGAAGUGUGGGAAAAAUGCUGGCUCUUUAAAAAAUAAAACCCAUUU